UAAUUGUCAAAGACAUUCAAUAUUUUAUUCUUUUCACUUUCACCUUGAGCUAAUAAUUUGUUACGAGAAAUCAUUUAUCAGUCGCACUUUUCACUGUGCGUCUUUAACCGUCGGCGUCUAUUAAAUAUUUAUGAAUAUUUUACACGUGAAAAUAACAUUUGAAAUGUUCAAUUGUCCUUGAAGUGGCCAUUAACAUCUAAAAUACAUUUGUUAUCCAGUGUUUCGCAUACCAGAUGUCCGCUAAUGGCCCCCUGAACACACUUCUGUCUCGGUACCUUUUAGACGCCAUCCAAGACACCCCAUUGCGAAAGUACCCGGCGAACAACACACCUUGCCUCGUGUCUAGUUUUUCUGUAGUGUAAGGUAUUGGCAGUGCACAUUUAUAAUCUCAGGCACAAAAUGAUCAAUCGAUCCUACAUUCCAAUUAUCCCAAACCGUGAUCCCUUUACUGUUCUACUCCGUUGUAAUGAAUGACAGGAUUACCUGAGAAAAUCCCAUAACAUGACUACACAUACGCCUUGAUCGUCCCUCGCUCAUUGUCAGGGCCGUGUCCUAAUAGCAUUCUGCGUUGUAUGAGAGACACUUGGACUAUCUGCCUGCACCUAAAUAUCUAUCUUAGGAGUAGGAAAACUACAUUUUGUACCCGGAUGAAAGGUGUAGAAGUAGUGUUCUCUUCCCUGGACGCCACGAAUACUACUAACACUUCCGUCACAUGUACCGACUACGCGAGCGGGAUAGACGUUAUACACAUUGUAUAUUCAAGCAUUAAGGGUAUAUCGUCGUGUUACACGCGAGAUGACAGGUGGACGUUCCGCUCCUUGAUUGCUUCUAAUACUACGACCGUACCUGUGCGAUAGGGGCGCUUCGCUCCAACGCCCCUACACUAAACCAUACUACUCGAAUUACGGCUUCAGUUAUCAGCUCAACAGUUAACGAAAUUUAAAAACAUGGAGCAGACGUGUACGAUACAAGUGUGUGUUUACUUUCUCUGCAGUGUGGUGUGUGCUGAUCCCCUGGACGUGUUUGUGGGAUUUAUGUCGGAGGGUCGGGAGGUAUGAGGCAUCGCCAUGACAAUGCUGUGGACCCUCCAUCUCUGCAUGUGGCUUUCCUGUUCAUUUCUGCUGAUAACGCUAACUCAAGGGUCCCAAUACCGGGUUUCAGUUCCCGAGGAUUAUGUCGCCUUCAUGGGGGAUCUCACCAUAACCUACACCGUCCCCAUCAAUGUGUCCAUGCCCAACGCCUUCAUACGGGUACUUGCCCACACCAACAAAGGACGACGGGAGAUCACCACCAUCAAACUCUUCGUAGGACAGGCCACAGGAAUUGGUCGUGUCACGUGCGGUUUGAUAGAGGCUGCCGGUCGCCAUCUUCUAGAAAUGUUUAUGUAUCUAGACGGACCGUUAUUGACUUCAAAGGAAUUUACCGUGAAGUGGCCGGAUUUCCAUUUAUACCUUCCCAAAAGACAUGUCGCUCAGACAACGGAAGUGAAACUUCGGUACACCUCGGAAGCUAGGUGUGCGCCUCUGCUACAGCGGUAUUCUUUCCAGAUAGAUUUAGAAUACAAGCCGGAAAGUCAAUUCGACCCCUCGUAUUAUGACACGGCGCCAAGAGUUCUCUAUUCGGAACCGGUAAUGGAUAUAUCCCAGGCGAUUACAAAUAUAACAUACUCCUGUGAUAAUUUUGAUUUCAAAGGCAGCUACAGGGCUAUAUUACGCAACAGUUACAACAAAAACUUGACCAUUGCUAAGAGCAACGUUAUGGACGUCCAAUGGAGUGACGUAUAUGACGUUCGGAUAUCCUCCUCUAGUGUUCAUCCAUGUCAAGGUCACCUAAUAGUGCUGUAUGAACACCCGCAAUGUUCAGGUAUGCAGGAUAAAAUACGAAUGUACGUUUUACGCCGUGACAUAUCCGGGUCACUAGCGGCCCCCCUGAAGCGGGUCUAUGUGACGGAAAGACGCGCUCAUCCCGAUCAGACCUACGUUGUGUUCAAGUGUGAUUUGUUUCCGAUGGACGUCACAGCGGUCGGUUUCUGCUUCGUCUAUGUCAGCACAUCAAAUACUAACCUCGUUAUGGAGCAGCACAGCUCCUGUGUAUCCGCCCACGAGGGAGCAGAUGGCGGUUGGAGUGAGUGGGGCGCGUGGAGCACGUGUUCAGUGACGUGUGCCAUGGGGAAGAGAAGCCGGUACAGGUCCUGUAGCAGCCCCGCCCCGGCGUAUGGAGGGCAGUUCUGUAAUGACUAUCCCGUCCAGUUCGAACCCUGCUUCUCUCCAUGUCCUGACGCCAUACCGCAUACGCCAUUACACACUCCCACGUAUUACCAGGAGUGCGCAUGCGGCUGUGAAAUCAAGAAGCCACAAGGGGAUGUAAUCGGGACAGGACGAUGUGACGGACUGUCGCUGUGGCUGCUGACUGUAGCAGAGGACCAAAACAUCAAACUCAAUUUUCAGUUUUUAAAAUUAUAUGAGGACAAACAAUGGAUUAAAAUCCGAGAUGGUGAUAGUGUAGACUCAAAUUUAUUGGCUGUCAGCUUCGGUGGCGUCAUAGUGACGCAAGUGAAGUCAUCAUCUAAUAAAAUGUUGAUCGAGUUUAUGAGCAAGACUGAUAUUAAUCUCAACACUACUUCAGGUGACUAUCAUUCGUCGAUUAGAACAAAUUCAUCAUCAUCUACCAGAUUAUACCAGCUUAAACCCACCAGGAAAAUCCACGUCCAUGGCUUCAUAGCCAAUUUCAGCUCCAUACCUCGAAACUACACAACGGUGUUGACUGCCGUCCCGAUCCAGACUUUGCUGCCAGAGAGCAGCAUAUGGAAAAGCACUGUGACCAUUGUGGGGAUUUCCUUGUGUGCUGUCAUCGUUUUGGUGGCAGUGGUUGUCGCCUUUUACCAUAAGUGUAUCCGCAAGAGAGGGCACAAAUAUUCAAUGGCAGGAACAAUCGACAGCCCCACCCACAUGGCAAAAAGUACAAGUAUGCAUAGUACGCCUAGUCAUCAUAGUGCAUUAAGUGGCAUUGAAAUAGAUUAUGAUAUGGAGCGCCCUCUUACGGGACAAAGUAAGCAAAAAUCAAGAGCUUCAUCGAUAUCAAGCAUACGCAGCAAUGGAAGAAGUAGCAGUAACAGAAAACGUUUGAAAAGUAAAUCUGAUCUUGAUUCUACGGGGGGUAGUCCUAAACCCCCGUCUAAGCAUUACUCGCCUCUCCCAAGUCCUCUUGUACAGGCAGCAAAGACAGAAGAAGGAGAUGAGAAAAAUAGUCUAUUUAAUACUAGUCCAUUAUUAGGCCGUCGGCCAAGAUCACCUAAAGUACAUCCUUCAUCAAAAUUUAAACAUAAUCGAGACAUAAAAAGUCCAUUGUCUCCGCCAUUGACAAAACACGAAAUGUUAAAGAGAAAACGUUUUGACAGCGAGCAGAGUCAGGAUAAGACUCCCACAAACGGGGUCAUGGAGAAGCCCCGGGGGACGGACAGCUUAAAUGCCACGCCCCUCUCAACAGGAUCCGCGACUCCUACAACCAAAGUGCUUUGUGCUGAAGUACAUCCCGUCCAGCGGGAAGUUGCUCAGUUCACCCGGCUGGAGUUCAUGGACAAACUUGAGCAAGAGGAAGUCCGAAAACCUGGUUCAGGAACGUCUGACGAUUCACAGACUCCGGACAAUUUGUGCAAGGAACAAACGACUUCUUUUAUAAACAAACCCGAUUUUAUGAGAAGAAACCCCGACAACUCAAAGGAAAAACCUCGCCGACCCACCUCAUUGACGGAAAGUUAUAGCAUGAACGCGUUCUUGCCGCUUAACGGCUCUGAUAAGAAAAGCACAGGAAGUAAUACCUCUCAAAAGAUUGUGGCUCCUAUCGAUAGACACAACGAUUUACCCAAACCGGAUGGACAAAGUCCGAAAACUCCGCGAGAAAUAUGUUCUAAAACUUCCACUCCGAAAAGUUUUCGGAGUUCUAAAAGUAGACUGACAUUGUCUCCAUCUCGAAGCGUCACAACGCCCUCUGACGGCAAUCUCGAGAUGGAGUAUGAUGACUUUAUAGACUAUGAUGACACUUAUUCGUAUUUUGAUCCAAUAGAGACGGAAAAGCUCCAAUGGCGAGGCAAGGAAAAACUCAGUAAGAUUGUUAACGCUGAUGAUGAUUGACCACGUAAUUUUGAUGAAAUCCGCAGAAGACAUAAGCGCAUGUCUCUUAGGUAAUCGUUUGUGCUAUAUGGAAGUUUUCACAUACUUUCAUUUCGUCCGUGUAUGUGCGCCAAGAACGCUGUAUAGAGCUUAGCGGGUGAUGACGUUCGUGACUAUAAGACGUCAUUAAGAUUACUGGAUACGCUUUAGUUUGUCACGAUUGUGUAGGGCGUCACAAAAGCUCUAUAAUCGAAAACAAUACGUGUUUGCGCAAUGUUUCAGUUCAAGCGAAGAAGCCAACAUAUUUAUUCAACAGACCAGAAAGGGUCUUUGGUGUUGUACAUACAUAUAUAAUCAAUUCCGACUGUACUGGUGCCAUGGAUACCGGACACAACAGUUGUCAUGUGCAUAUGUUUCUACCCAACACCGUCCAGAAACCAUCAUACAUAUCGCGUGUUAAUACAAGAGAUGUUUUGGCAGCUCGGACCAUAUUUCGUGGAAUAUAUCACAACCAGGAGUUAGGAAUUCAACAAAGCCGAGUGCCUGUUAUAUGGUUGUGAGUUAAUUUGCAUAUAAUGAUCUCGGUGUCCAUCAAUCGCAUCUUCCCAAAGAUUAUUUUUUUUCUCGUCAAAUUCCUGUCCAGGGGUGUGGGUGUGGGUGUGGGUGUGGGGGGUCUUCAUCUCCGAAAUAUAGUAUUUUCACUUUCAGUGCAUGACACAUUAAUACCAUAUGAAGACACAUUUUAGUUUGGAUAAAUACGUAUGAACAUUUGCAUUCAAAUGCAUCAGAAUGUAGCUUCGCGCACAAGUAACUUGCCAUAGUUCCGGUUUUUUUGUGGAAGCGAUUUGUUCGGUACCUCCGUCCUGUGUGGUUUAUAAACUACACGUUUUACUCCUUCAAAUUGUUAAAUUGCCAUUGGCUUAAUUGUUUCUUUUUUAAAGGUCAUAUAUUUAAGUCUAAGUUACACGACUUCCUCCUAAAUUAACGAUUUAAUUUAUUUUUUUAUUAUCUGGGAAAAUUCAUACUGUACAAUGGAGCUUAUACAGAGGGGAGAUAACUCUCAUGUUUCACUGCGACUGCGAUAUUUAUUAGAGUAGAAACUCAUUACUUCAAUUUAAAUACACUCGAAUCUCAGUAGUCAGAACACUUUGUUACGGCACGAUUUCUCACCCUCACCCGAUUUGAGUGAGAAAUCGUGCUAAAAUUGUUUCGUUCGCA